UUAAAUUUAACCUUUCUCAUUUUUGGCCUCUUAUCCGCUUUUAGGAACUCGUCCUUUUUCCUCCCCUUUCCUUUUAUGGAACCAACCCACAUUCAAUCCCAUCUAAUUAGAUUUUUAAACCUAAAUUAAAUCCUAAAUUCUCAAUCGCUAAUUCUCCUUCUCCUCUUCCCCCCCUCCUACCUUCCCAUGCCGCCAUUAACCCCCCACCCCGAACUUUCUAGAAGAUCAAAAUCAAUCUCUUGUCUCCUACUCCAUGUGCUGCUCCCACCAAUUGAACUCACCAACUCGAAAUUAACUGCUCGGUUUCGCCAUCAGGCCGCCCGUUCCGAUCGUUUUCCGUUUGCGUCCGCGGCGCUUUCCAAUUUUGGCUGUUCGCUUUCAUGACUUGCACUGCAUAUGCUGCUGCUUCUAGACACUCAGAACUUUCUCUCCGCAAAGCUUGUUAUUAUUGGUACUUGCAAGAUAUGAUCUUAAGAAAUGGUGGAGGAGCUCAAAUUACUUGUGCCAAACUGGUGCUUCACAGCUUGACCAGUAUUCUUGAACGCUACCAGAAUUACUCGGAGGAAGAGGAGUUGAAAGCUGCUGAUGCUCAGGGCUGUUCAUCUGAAAAUGGAGGCAGAUCGCAUACAGAGCUGCUGCAGCUAGUUCAGAGACUCAUUGAAGAGCCAGAUGCUGAGACCUUCAGCUUGGAGGAUCUCAUGGAACUCGAGAAGGAUUUCAGUGCUGCUCUAGCCCGGACUAGAAGCAGAAAGACACAGCUGAUGAUGGAAGCUAUGAUAAGCCUUCAAGAGCAGGAGAGGCUGCUGAGAGAAGAGAAGGAGCUCCUCGAGCGAGAGGUGGCAGCCUUGAUGGCGGAAGACGGUGCAGAAGAAGAGGCUGGCCCUUCCAGGGAUCCACCAGUUACCCUUGACUUGCUCCGGUGAAUUGGUGGUUCCUCAUCGGUCUGUAUAAGAACGAAAACCAAUCGGCUUGAUGGAUGACAGUAUACCAAGCCAGGCUCUUCGUCUGUAUGAUUAAUUUUCUGUGUUGCUGAAUUAGUUUCGACAGACCAGAGAGAGUCUCCGGUUUCCCUUCCUAAUGUAAAACCGAUCCCCUCCUCCACGCUUUGUUG